GCGCGCGGGGACCCUCCGGGCGCGGGUCGGGUCGGAGGGGGUCUCCCAGAAACGAGCCACACCACUACCUCCCGCCACGAGCUGUUGUCAUCAUCCCAGCCCUCGUCUCCAUCCCUUCCUUCCUGGCGCCGGGGCACCUGAGUUCCCCAAAAACCUAAUGUGGGGACGGUGACGUUUGCGGGGUCGCUGUCAACGCUCGCACGCGCUCCGCACCUCCGCGCGCGACCGUGUCGGUGUUUUCCGCAUCCAGCCAGCGUGCUCUGCGCGUUCAGAUAGAUUAUCGGGAGGAACAGAGGCUGAUGAACAGCUCCCAGGACGUGGCUGCCUUCGCGGUCCCCUCCACAGCUGAGGUCCUGGAGGCUGGCAGGACAAGGUCACACCAACUAACCCUGCUGAACCCCAGUCCUGUCCCUGGUUGUGCGGGUCCAAAACUCGUGGGGGGCGGGGAGCGAGGGCGCAGGGGAUCAGGGGUGUGAUGGGCUUGGGAGAAGGAGUUCUGCCUUUCUAUAAACAGUUCUGUCCCCAGCUCCUGAGUUGUUACGGACUAUGGGACUCUACUAGUGGCUGCUGUUCCUGCGGCACCUAUUCCUGCGCAGACCCAGAUUCAGUGUGUGCCAAGGAUGGACGCCUGCUUGGGGGACCCACAGACUCUAGGCAGAAGGGCACUGCCAUGCCUAGGCAGAGAGUCUUGGGUUUGCCAGCUCCCUAUCCUGUGCUCUGUGUCUUUGGUCAAGUAGCUGGGAUCUGCAGGCGGGGUUGUCUCCCCAGUAGCCUGGGGGGAUGGGUAGUUCCGCCAUAAAGUAUAGAGGGACCUGUGAUUCUGCAGUCAGCCUAGCCAGUUCCCUGCUCCUAAGCAGAACCACCCAGAAAACAGAAGCUCAGCACCAUCCCAAAUGUGUCUUUCUGUAGGAAGGCCCUGGCCCAGAAGAUCCCUGUGAAAAACUUUGAUUUGAUUCAAAGAGAUGAGCUGGGUGUGCGGUUGUUACCUCGUCUCACACACACACACACACACACACACACACACACACACGAGACAACAAGCGGGUCUCUGUGUGAAAGUAUGAGGUGCUCUAACCUUUGGUUCUUUACCCCCUCGUUUCCCUGGUGCUUGCUGGGCCCUGUGGCCCAGGCAGGGCAUGAAGGGCUCUUGACAGCUCUUUGUCUCUUUUGUGGUUGCUUUUCUUCUCACCCUGUUCCUCCUCCCCCCACCCCCCUUUCUUGUGGAUCUCAUUGCUUGCUGUGUGUCUUGUGGUCUUUGCCUCCUCGCUCUCCUCUGCCUUCAAGGGUGAUGGGAAAGUGAAGAAGCUCUUCACUGCCUCUCGGGUAACCCGGCCUGCUGGGAAGGGGCGGGCAACCCGUAGCAGGUGGAGUGUGGUUUGCUUUCCGCAAACAUCAGAUGUGCCAUUGGGACAGGCGACUGGAAAAUGAGCAGGAUUAGAAAGGGAGGGUCAGAACCCAGGUUGGCAGCAGCCUCACGGAGGUCUGGGUGGGUUCUGAGGGAGGCUGCAGCCUUUGUUUCCCGCUCCUCCUGGCUGGCCUCUGGCUUGAAGGUCACUGUCAGUCAGAGAUGGAGGGCCUCUCCAGGGUUCUAAGAGGGUCAAUUUUAAGGCAGCCAAGUCCCUCCCUUUCCAAGCACACCUGCUACUCUGGCACACCCGGGCCACACUACUAACCCCUGGUCUCUCCAGGGGAGUCAAAGCCUCUAGCCAGCCUUCCUAGCCUACUCCCAGUGGUGGUGAGGGGCUCCAGUUCAAAAGUCUUGAAAGCGCUAGAGUUUGCUGUCUUCCCAAGCUCCCUUCCCAACCUCGGCUCUGCUCGGGACAAUCUCCUGUGCCAUGUCAGGUUGGCAUCAUGCCAGGUGCCUCACUAAUUCCACAAGGCUUGCAGCCUUCUCUCCGUGGAGCUCGAAGCUGGGCAUGCUGGGGACCAUGCAGAGGGCUGGGGCCGGGGCCCGCAGGGCCUCCGACUGUGGGCCUGUACCUUACCGGCCCAGGUGCAUUGCCAAGCUUGCCCAGUAUGUGGGAUCCUUUCCUGUGGAUGACUUGGAUACGCAGGAGGGUGUGUACCUUGUGCAGCAGCAGCUGUGGGCACUGCAGGACUGUUCCCGACGCCGCGCCAUCAUCCUGAAAUUCAGCCUUCAGGGUCUCAAGGUCUACAGUGGGGAGGGUGAGGUGCUCCUGAUGGCCCAUGCCCUGAAGCGCAUCCUCUAUGCCACCUGGUGCCCAGCCGCCUGUCAGUUUGCUUUUGUUUCCCGGAACCCACGCAGCCCAGCCAGCAAGCUUUUCUGCCACCUCUUUGUGGGGAGCCAGCCUGGAGAGGUCCAGAUCCUGUACCUGCUGCUCUGCCGCUCCUUCCAGCUUGCUUACCUCCUGCAACACCCGGAGGAGAGGGCACAGCCUGAGCCCUGCCUGGGGCCAAUGGGGGACACAUCCCCGAAGCCACUCUGCAGCCCUGGGGCACCCCCUGCCCUAGUGCGAGAGCCCUUUAGCCGGGGUCAGCUAUCACAGAACGUCCACGCCCUGGUUUCCUUCCAUCGAGUUCCUGCAGAAGGGUUACUGGGCAGUAGUGGGAAGGAGCUGCCAGAGCCCGAGGGCCGCGGUGGCAGCCGUCACACUCGCCUGGGGAACCCCUACUGCUCUCCCACACUGGUGCGCAAGAAGGCCAUUCGCAGCAAGGUGAUCCGCUCUGGGGCCUAUCGAGGCUGCACCUACGAGACUCAGCUGCAGCUAUCAGCACGGGAGGCCUUUCCUGCUGCCUGGGAGGCAUGGCCCCGCAGCCCUGGCGGUCCCUCGUGCCUGGUGGAGAAUGAGGGUAGCCUGACUGAGAACAUCUGGGCCUUUGCUGGCCUCUCCAGGUCCUGUGCUCUUGCCCUGCUGCGGAGAGAUGUGCAUGGGGCCUUUCUGCUGUGGCCAGAGCCAGGGACCAGUGAUCAGUGGAGCCUGUCUGUACGGACCCAGUGUGGUGUGGUGCCUCACCAGGUCUUCCGGAACCACCUGGGCCGGUACUGCUUAGAGCACCUGCCAGCAGAGUUCCCCAGCCUGGAGGCCCUGGUGGAGAGCCACGCCGGGAUGGAGCGCAGCCUGUUCUGCCCACUCAGCAUGGGCCGUCUGAACCCCACCUAUGAAGAGCAGGACUGUGGUCCUGAGGGCAGGCUCCCACGGACUCUGCGACCCCUCAGCCAUGCCAAGUCCGAGGCAGAACUGCAAGGCCUGGGCUAGGAAGCAAGGCCUCAAUCCCCUAUGGGCCUGGCCUUGCCUUGGCCCCUGGGCUACGGCAGCCACUCUGCCCUUCUUGUACCCUGCUCGCUGGUCAGCAGCUUCAAACAGGUCCAUCUGCCCCUUGAACAGUCUUCCAUCACUUCACUGCCCAUGGGAGGGGAGCCCUGAGGUUAGAGCUGGAGAUAACAGGGCUUCUCGCAGGACCUGGGGCCAGCUGAGACGCCAGGAUGAGCAAGCAGGUAGACCUAAGGGUUGGUAACUCUUGGUGAGUUUGGGCGGUAGCUAUUGCCAGGUUCCCACUGUCCUCCUCGUGCUGAGGCUUUUCCAGCUGCCCUGGCUGGAGGAAGCUAAGCCUCUGCUGGACAGGGAAGCCCAGAGAACUCCCAUAGGGAACCAGGUGCUCAGGGAAUUGGAGGUUUGCCAUCCUCAGCUCACUUCCCGGGGUCAGUGCACGGAGUGGGGCCCGCAGUGAGCAAACCGCAGUCAGUGUGGUAACUGCUUUAGGAAGCCAGCAGAUGCUGGCCAUUGGGCGUGGCUGGCACUGGUCACCUCAUUGGUAAGUAAGCCCUACUUACAAUGAAGAACUAGAAUUAACCCAAACCCCACAGAGGGGGGUGUGGCCUGAGCAGUGGGAGAACCAGGGAUACAUUCUAGAGGAAGGCAGUGGCAAAUCCAGGUGUCCCUAUGUCAACUCAGCAGAAUAUAUGAAUCUACCCAAAAGAACAGACUUCUUAGCCAGGAGGUGGUCACACACCCCUUUAAUCCCAGCACUCGGGAGGCAGAGGCGAGUUUUGAGGUCAAUC